GGCCGGAGGCAGAGAGGAGCGGAGAGGGGACCCGGAGGCGGCAGCACCGGCGGGGGUUGGGGGGGUGUCCAUAUCAAAUUGGGAGCCUCUGGAAUGUUUAUUUGUGGUAACCAGAAAGCAUGUUGUGAAGGGAUAAUCAUGGGUCAGACGGGAAAGAAAUCUGAAAAGGGACCAAUUUGUUGGCGGAAGCGUGUAAAAUCAGAAUACAUGCGACUGAGGCAGCUCAAGAGGUUCCGCCGGGCAGAUGAAGUUAAGAGUAUGUUUAAUUCUAAUCGUCAGAAGAUACUGGAAAGAACAGAAAUCUUAAAUCAAGAAUGGAAACAACGUAGGAUACAGCCUGUACACAUCAUGACUUCUGUGAGCUCAUUGCGUGGGACCAGGGAGUGCUCUGUUACCAGUGACUUAGAUUUUCCAAAACAAGUCAUCCCGCUCAAGACUCUGAAUGCUGUUGCUUCAGUACCCAUAAUGUAUUCUUGGUCUCCCCUUCAGCAAAAUUUUAUGGUAGAGGAUGAAACGGUUUUACAUAACAUUCCUUAUAUGGGAGAUGAAGUGCUUGACCAGGAUGGAACCUUUAUUGAAGAACUGAUCAAGAACUAUGAUGGAAAAGUACAUGGAGACAGAGAAUGCGGAUUUAUCAAUGAUGAGAUAUUUGUGGAGCUGGUAAAUGCACUUGGUCAGUAUAGUGAUGAUGAAGAUGAUGAUGAUGGAGAUGACAAUCCUGAUGAGCAAGAUGAAAAACAGAAAGACCGAGAAGGCAACAGAAUGGACAAAGAGAGCCAUCCACCUCGGAAGUUUCCUUCUGACAAGAUAUUUGAAGCCAUUUCCUCGAUGUUUCCGGACAAGGGUACAGCAGAGGAAUUGAAGGAGAAAUACAAAGAACUCACAGAGCAGCAGCUGCCAGGAGCUCUUCCUCCUGAGUGCACACCAAACAUAGAUGGACCAAAUGCAAAAUCUGUUCAGAGGGAGCAGAGUCUGCACUCCUUUCAUACGCUCUUCUGUAGGCGCUGUUUUAAAUAUGACUGCUUCUUACAUCCAUUCCACGCAACUCCUAACACUUACAAACGGAAGAAUACAGAAACAGCAAUAGAUAAUAAACCUUGUGGACAGCAUUGUUAUCAGCAUCUGGAAGGGGCAAAGGAGUUUGCAGCUGCUCUGACUGCUGAGCGAAUAAAGACACCACCAAAGCGCCCAGGUGGCCGCCGAAGAGGAAGACUUCCAAAUAACACCAGCAGGCCCAGCACACCAACAAUAAAUGUGUUGGAAUCAAAGGACACAGAUAGUGACAGGGAAGCAGGAGCAGAAACUGGAGGUGAAAAUAAUGAUAAAGAGGAAGAAGAGAAGAAAGAUGAAACAUCCAGUUCCUCUGAGGCAAAUUCUAGGUGUCAGACACCAAUAAAGAUGAAGCCAAAUAUUGAGCCUCCUGAGAAUGUGGAAUGGAGUGGUGCAGAAGCCUCGAUGUUCAGAGUUCUCAUUGGUACCUACUAUGACAACUUCUGUGCAAUUGCUAGAUUAAUUGGGACCAAAACAUGCAGGCAGGUGUAUGAGUUUAGAGUAAAAGAAUCUAGUAUUAUUGCUCCAGUUCCUGCUGAAGAUGUUGAUACUCCUCCAAGAAAGAAGAAGAGGAAGCACAGGUUGUGGGCCGCUCAUUGCAGAAAGAUACAGCUGAAAAAGGAUGGGUCAUCUAAUCAUGUUUACAACUACCAGCCAUGUGAUCAUCCUCGUCAGCCUUGUGACAGCUCAUGUCCUUGUGUAAUUGCUCAGAACUUUUGUGAGAAGUUUUGUCAGUGCAGCUCAGAAUGCCAAAACAGGUUUCCUGGAUGCCGCUGCAAAGCACAGUGCAACACUAAGCAGUGUCCAUGCUAUCUGGCUGUACGUGAAUGUGAUCCAGACCUCUGUCUGACAUGUGGAGCAGCCGAUCACUGGGACAGCAAAAAUGUUUCUUGCAAGAACUGCAGCAUUCAGAGGGGAUCCAAAAAGCAUUUGCUGUUGGCACCUUCAGAUGUGGCAGGCUGGGGAAUUUUCAUCAAAGAUCCCGUACAGAAGAAUGAAUUCAUCUCUGAGUACUGUGGUGAGAUUAUUUCUCAGGAUGAGGCAGACAGAAGAGGGAAGGUAUAUGACAAGUACAUGUGCAGCUUUCUAUUCAAUCUGAAUAAUGAUUUUGUGGUUGAUGCAACACGCAAGGGUAACAAAAUCCGAUUUGCAAACCAUUCAGUAAAUCCCAACUGCUAUGCAAAAGUUAUGAUGGUUAAUGGAGAUCACAGAAUAGGUAUAUUUGCUAAGAGAGCCAUUCAAACUGGUGAAGAGCUGUUUUUUGACUACAGAUACAGCCAGGCUGAUGCACUGAAAUAUGUAGGCAUUGAAAGAGAAAUGGAAAUCCCUUGAUACCAGCUACCUCUACUUUUGAACAGCUGCCUUAUCUCCAGGAAUUUUCUAGUACUGUGGGCAAUUUUAGAAAAAUGAUGCAAUUUGAAAUUCUGAAUUUGCAAAGUACUGUAACAGUAAUUUAUAGUAAAUUUCAAAAUCAACUUUUUAUUGCCUUCUCACCAGCUGCAAAGUGUUUUGUACCAAUGAACUUUUGCAAUAAUGCGGUGUGGUACAUUUUUCAACCUUGAAUAAAGGAUACUUGAACUUC